GCCGACCGGAAGAUUUGUAACAAUGUUUCGGGAAUGCGUCGGCACGGUCGGACGACUUGAAACAUCGGCGGAGCUCUACGUGUGAGUGAGCGACAUGGAUAGCUCUGUCACAUUGUGGCAGUUCCUUCUCCAGCUCCUGUUGGACUCAACUAAUGAGCAGCUGAUCUGCUGGACUAACGAGGAAGGGGAGUUCAAACUGCUGCAGGCCGAGAAGGUGGCCAGGCUGUGGGGUGCCAGGAAGAACAAGCCCAACAUGAACUAUGAUAAACUCAGCAGGGCUCUCAGAUAUUACUACGACAAGAAUAUCAUAAAGAAGGUGAGCGGUCAGAAGUUUGUCUAUCGCUUCGUAUCCUACCCAGAUAUAUUGAAAGGAGACCUGGCUACGCGGACGGAGGGCUGCGAUGUCUCUGGGGGCACCCAGUUGCUGUCAGAGAGGGGUGACAAUGCUUUACAAGAGGGAGAGUCUGGGGACAAGGUUAAGGCAGGAGGCAAUACAGGGGGACAAGGUUCUAACACCAAGCAGUCCAAUCGUAAUGACUACAUCCACUCUGGCCUGUACACCUCUUUCACGCUCAACUCACUACAGAAUGGACGCCAGCUCUUUAAGUCUAUCAAGGUAGAGAACCCAGCAGAGAAAAUGGUAGACAAGAGGGGGACCAGUGUCACAACACAGAGCCAGGAGCCGUCUCCUCAGCCACCGCAGCCUACCGUAUCCCCAUCCGUCAUUAAGUUUGGAAACAGCCCUGUGAAGCAAACACUUCCACCUUCUCAGGUCACCAUUGAGCAACCCCAGGCAUCUAGCCAAACUUUGUAUCUGCCCCAAGCUCCACCUCCGAAGGCCAAUGACAUCACCACACAGUCCUCGCUCAUGUCCCACCCUGUGUGUUCCUUUGAAGUCAUCCGCCUUUCAGAACCACAAUUCAACCUUUCAGAGCUGACCUCACCAAGCCCCUCCCCAAAUAUAGUGCCUGAUACUUCUCAGGAGCUGGUGAUUGACAGUGACAUCGAGUCCAUAACCUCACAGCCCACAGACUGUCAGACUGAGGAAAUAAAGGGGGAAAGUAACUCAUUAUUUGGAGGUGAGGCAGUGGUUGGGGAGGCAGAAACCAGUGCAUCUCCAUCAACCCUCAGCGCCACAAUGAGCAUUCAGAGCUCAGGCAAGACACGAAAGCCCCCUAAAGUCCUGGAGCUGAGCACCCCGACUCUGCUGGUCACCACCUCCGAUUUCUCACCGAUGAACAUCUGCAGCCCUUCCCUACCCACUGCCUCUCUCACACCAGCAAUGCUACAGACUCCCACUCUGUUGUUGACUCCCAGUCCUCUGCUGUCCAACAUCCACUUCUGGAGUACGCUCAGUCCAGUUGCCCCCCUCAGUCCUGCCACACGUCGCCAGGGCGCACAUCUGUUCCAAUUUCCAUCAGUGCUCACCCCUCAAUUCCAGAUCCCAGUUCACAAUCUGGAUGGAACCAACACACCAGGGCCCAUUUCUCCAGACCCCCAGAAGACAUAGGGGUAAAUCCCCCUCCUUGACCGUAGACACCCAGACCUUUUUGACCUCUGCUCCCCAAUUCCUAAAUAAAGGACACUAAUUUGGGAUUGGGGAGGGUCCCUGUCAUUCCCCGCCACGUUGGCGCUUGUAAUUUUGUUCAGAGCUACUAGUUCACUGCCACAGAAGUGACACUACAAUCAGAAUUGUGGAUGAAAGGUUGUGAUAGAUUUUGUACUGAGUCCAGGCUGAUUGACUACGUAACACAGUUAAACAGUAACAGUUCGUUUCAUGCAGUUCUGAUUAAGUAUUUGUGCCCCAAGGAUGCUAUUGAACAGACACAUCAUUAAUUCCUUACAGUUUUUUCUUUUUUGCUGUCUUUUUGGGAUCGUUUAUCUGUUGGGUAGAAGAAACAGUUUCCAUCACAGCUCUCACUGCAUGUGGAUUACACACUGAGCAGCCAGAAAUUCACAUAAAUGCUUAGAAUGAUGGAAUUGGCUAUUGGAUUCUGUUCCUGUUUAU